AUGCAAACGGUUCAGCAUGAGGGGCACUUAGGCCUGGUCGAACAGCCAGGUCUAACAGACUCUGCUGUAAAUCGCGAUCCGUCGCUUAAAGGACCAACACCCAAGAACAUCGCCUUUGAGUUGCUUCUCGACGAGAACUCUAAAGUCCGAGCCCGUAUCCCGAUGCGCGUGCAGAUAUAUCCUCAUGAUACCACAGACUCGAUCGUGACGACAGUCAAAAAUUUCUAUGGUAUCUACGAUGGUACUCCCAGUGGGGUCAGCUUUGAGGAUGAACAUGGGACCACCCUGAUCGCAAGGUACGAGAACCUCAAGAAUAACAGGACUGUAUAUGUGCGGGUUAUCCCCAUUCAACCAUAUGGGGAUCACUUCUAUAACGGUUUCAUUGCCGAGCCUCGCAAGCGGCCUAGUCUGGCGGAGCCCUUCCAGAUGGCCGAUGGUAUGGUGCCAGUAUUGGAUCAACCAUCGCGACCAGCAUCGCGGCUGGCGAGAAAGCGCAGCACCUCUCCAACAAACCGGAGUUUGCGCAGUGCUUCUCAGCACAAGCCUUCCUCCCGCGCAGGCAACAAAAGCCGUACUUCAAGCAUCCAUGGGGCUUUCCAUGACGACGAAGACUACAGCGAUACUGAGAGCGCCUAUGCUCGCAGGGCUCGUAACGAGAUAUUCGCUAGCUCUGACAUCAGCAUGGAGAACAUACUACAGGAUGGUCGUCGGAAACGACCUAAGUUCGACAGCUCUGAACUUCCGUUAUUUGUUCCUCCUCAAGUACCCCUCACUACCUCCACCUCCUCAAUCUCCCCUCAACGUCGCUCGGUUGGACAGGAAGGCGCUGGGUCGCCUUUCGCUCGCCCAACCCACCGCACAUAUAGCUAUCAGCAUGCGCUUCCAUCACCACAAAGCUAUGGUCAUAGUGAAUAUGGUGCUCAGUCAGGGCGCAAUACGAUGUACGCGACCCCGAUGGUUCCAGACCAUGGAAACCGCACGCGCGACACCUCAGGGACCUAUGGCAACUCGGCUAGCCGAGCGAGUGGUCCAGGUGUAUUGCCCACACCUGAUCCCACCAUUGCCAGCUGCAUCUCUGAUGAGGAUGUGGCAAUGCAAUUGAUACGUCUGGGCGAUGCGUCCAAUUUCUCUCAUGGUCGUACCUCGACCUCGACAUUGGACGAUGCCUUCAGCGGCGCCGCUGAUGCUAAUUCGUCGGCUGGCGCCACCAGUGACGGGGAUGACUUUAGCGAGGAGGAGGAGGAUGAUUUGCCAGCUCGCCGUCAGAGGCUGGACUCGAGCCCGAUGCUCCCACCUGGAACCAUCAAGCGCCAUCUCAAGGGCUUGGAUGACAUUCUUCCCAGCGCUGAUAGCAGCGAUCACAGCUCAGAUGGUGCGGAUGACGGCAUCAAGAGUGAAGCUGAAGAGGACGUGUUGUAUAAGGAGUUUGCGCCCAAGGCAAAGAAGCCCAAGAGCCGUCCCAUGUCGUUCAAGGUCCGCAGCCAAAAGCCGGCCCCUGUUAAGGUGAACAAGAGCAAGAUCCCCACGCCUGCUCCUCGUAAGCCAUCCGAAAAAUCAUCUGCGCCCAUUCCACCUCUCAGUCCUGCUUCUUCCCGAAAGGUUUCUGGGGGUUCCGUCAACUUCCAGCACCAGCUAGGUGCCGAUGAGGAGGAUUUAUCCACCAAGCCUCGCUGCCAGCGAUGCCGCAAGAGCAAGAAGGGGUGUGACCGCCAGCGCCCCUGUGGGCGUUGCAAGGAUGCCGGUAUUGGAAUUGAAGGAUGUCUCAGUGAAGACGAGGGCAAUGGCCGCAAAGGUCGUUACGGUCGUCAUAUGGGAGUCCCGGUCAAGAAGAACGGUGAAGAGAUGGAUGAAGACGAGGAAGACUUUCCGCUAAUGCCUGAGACCCCUCCUAUCUUUUCGUCCACAACAGACAAGAACAAGAAGCGGAAGCGCUAG